GCCAGGACCCGCCGCGCCUGGCACCGCCGGCUGUGCCGCGGACACAACAGGUGUGAGCGGGCGGAGGGUGACCCCGGCACGGCGGAGGGGCUCGGGAGGCUGCCGGCGGGGCCACCCCAGCGGGGCCGGGCGCCCAUUCUGCCUGAGGCGAGCCCCGGUCACGACGGCGGUGGGAUGCGAGGCCACAGCCUAGCUUUCCUGCCGGCCUCCCUGAGCAGAGGCUCCUUCCUGCUCUCGGUUCAACUUCAGCCAUGAGCCGCCCGGCGGGGGCCGUGCCCUGUCCCUCCACAGUGCCUCGGCCACACCUGCCUGUGGUGCGGCCAGCCCGGCGCCCACGGGUGUCCCCAGCUGCACCAGGAGGUGAGGACACCACACGCCAGGGCCAUGCCAUGGUCACCCAGGCUAGCGUCCGUAUGGAUUCUCCUGGCUCGCCACACCAAGCGCCGGCAGCCGCAUUUUCCUCAGGACAUUCACCUCAGCUCUCUUGCUAUCCCUGGGCCGUGUAGGCUGUCUGACAGGAAAAGGCUGUAAAUACCACAUAAAUGGUCAAUGCUGAAAUCAAUGCAAGGCUAGAAAGUGGUUUUCACCUGGUCCCUGGACCCCUGUGGAUCCGCAAACUGCCUUUACAGCAUCCAUGAGAGACAUCCACCCCAAAAGCACCCCAGGAGGGAAAUGCAAAGCAGCUCCUCCCGACGCGCCAGCCCCGCUCCCCGCCCCGGGGAGGCGGUGCCGGGCCGGCGGGACGCGGAAGUGCGGCGGGGAGCCCCGGGGAGCCGCCAUGCGACCCCCCCGCCUCGUCCUCCUCCUCCUCCUCCUGCUCUUCAGCCUCCUCCCGCGGGCCGAUGGCCGGGGAGAGCUGCGGGCCUUCGUGGUCGCCCACAGCCACAUGGACGUCGGCUGGGUUUACACGGUGCAGGAAAGUAUGCACGCUUAUGCAGCAAAUGUCUACACAUCUGUUGUAGAAGAGCUAAUGAAAGGAAAGCACCGCAAAUUUAUUGCUGUGGAGCAGGAAUUCUUUCGACUCUGGUGGGAUGCUGUAGCCACAGAUAUGCACAAGCAGCAGGUCCAUCAGUUACUUCAGGAGGGACGACUGGAAUUUGUCAUUGGAGGGCAAGUGAUGCAUGAUGAAGCUGUGACACUAAUUGAUGAUCAGAUUUUACAGUUGACGGAAGGCCAUGGAUUUUUGUAUGAAACUUUUGGGAUCAGACCCCAGUUUUCUUGGCAUGUCGAUCCUUUUGGUGCUUCAGCUACAACACCAACACUUUUUGCUCUGGCUGGUUUUAAUGCUCAUCUUAUUUCUCGGAUUGACUAUGAUCUGAAGGCUGACAUGCAGAAAAACAAGAAGCUUCAGUUUGUAUGGCAGGGCUCUCCUUCCUUAUCUGAAAGACAGGAGAUCUUCACCCAUGUUAUGGAUCAGUACAGCUACUGUACCCCAUCGCAAAUACCUUUUUCAAACAGAUCAGGAUUUUAUUGGAAUGGAAUUGCAGCUUUCCCAGAUCCACCAAAAGAUGGUGUUUAUCCAAACAUGAGUCUCCCUGUUACAGAUACUAACGUUAAUCUGUAUGCACAAACCAUGGUGGCAAACAUUAAGGAGAGAGCAGCCUGGUUCCGAACGAGUGAUGUUUUGUGGCCAUGGGGCUGUGACAAACAGUUCUUUAAUGCAUCCGUUCAGUACUCCAAUAUGGACCUGUUGUUGGAUUAUAUUAACAAGCAUUCUGAUGAGUUUGGAGUGACUGUCCAGUAUGCCACUGUUGGUGAUUACUUCCAAGCAAUUUAUAACAGAAAUCUUACAUGGGAAAUUCGGGACUCUCAAGACUUUCUUCCAUAUUCAACAGAGCCAUUUCAAGCAUGGACUGGGUUUUAUACUUCUCGGAGCACAUUAAAAGGAAUCGCAAGGAGAGCAAGUUCACUGCUUUAUGCUGGAGAGUCCUUUUUCACACAGUACGUCCGGAAACACCCAGCAAGUUCUAUUUGCAAAUGUAGAGCCUUAAGGCAACUUCAGAGCCUUAGAUGGGCAGUUUCAGAGGUCCAGCACCACGAUGGUAUAACAGGCACAGAGUCUCCCAAGGUGAAGGACAUGUACACGAAUAACUUGAUGUAUGGAAUGUUCAACGUAAAGAAGUUAAUGGCUUCCAUAGUUAUGGACAUGAACAAUGCAAAGAAGAACGGAGAGGUCUAUUCUUCCAUUUACAUUAAUGACUCAGGAAUACCAGGUGCUCCAGAUGUUGACCAAUAUGUUGUUGUCUAUAAUCCACUGGCAUGGAACAUCACUACCUUUGUCGCAGUUUCUGUCAGCCACUUGGAAAUGAGCGUAUAUGAUGAACUGGGACAUUCUGUACCGGCACAGGUUCAAAGCUCAGCGGAGUCCCAUUCUACCUAUGAUCUGUAUAUCCUAGUUGAAAUAAGUGGUCUGAGCUACAGAAAAUACAAUGUUAAACCCUUGAUUGGUAAGCAGUCUGCAUUUAUUGGAAGAUCGGUCAAGUACAAGCGAAAAGAUGUAACUCGUGCAAAUCAACAAAAUCGACAGUUGCUUCCUGUGGUUAACAACUGCUACCAGGUCUUGUUUGACCAAAACACAAAUCUAAUGCACAGCAUUACAGAGAGAGAGUCUAACCAGACUGUCCAGUUGACCCAGGAGUUCCUUGAGUACCAUGUGAAUGGAGAUGUCAUGAAAGGACCCAUUUCAGAUAACUACUUAUUUGCCCCAAAUGCUUCAGCUGUUCCAGUAUCAAAAGCAGUGGGAUUGGAAGUGGUUUCUGGAAACUUGAUGACAGAGAUACGGCAGUAUUUCUACAGUAAUGUUACUUCUCAGGAUUACAUAUAUGCAGUGUAUACCAGGAUGUACACAGUACCAGAAGGCUACGAUGGGAAGUUGCUUUGUCACAGGAUAGAGCAAGAAUACAGUGUUGGGCCUUUGGAAUUAAAUCGUGAAGCAGUUCUAAGAACAAGCACAAAUUUGAACACUAGGCAGCUACUCUACACUGACAGCAAUGGAUAUCAGAUUCAGAAAAGACCAUUCAAGGCAUACGUGAAUAACACAGUGGCUCGGAACUAUUAUCCUAUGGUGCAGACUGCCUACAUUGAAGAUGAUACCACAAGGCUGAUGCUGCUUGCAGAAAGAGCUCAUGGUGUCUCAAGUCAAGGAAAUGGACAAGUGGAGGUGAUGCUUCACAGGAGACUAUGGAACAACCUUCAGUGGGACCUGAAUUACAAUCUCACUUUGAAUGACUCUUCAGUGGUUCGCCCUGUGAUUUGGCUUAUUUUAGGAACCAAGUCUGUCACCAAUAUUUUGUAUCGGACAAGUGGACUGGCGUUAGAACACAGGCCAGUAAUAAUGUUUGGAGCGUUUUCAGGAGAUAAACCAAAGCUACCUGGACAACUUCAGCAGAAUUCAGUCCAUGGUUCACCUGUUACUAUCCCACCUAACCUUCAUCUCCAGACUCUGAGCAUUCCAGGGUGGAGAUACAGCUCUAAUCAUGCAGAACAGGUCCACAGCAUCCGCUUGGGUAAACAGAAGGAAGGGGAUGCAGACUUCAGUCGUGUCCUGCUAAGAAUUAGGCACUUGUAUGAAGUUGGAGAGGAUCCUGUGCUGUCUCAACCUGUGAUGGUAAAUCUGAAGUCUUUGUUAAAGGGAUUAGGAUCAGUGAUGGCAGUGGAAGAGCGAUCACUCACAGGCACCUGGGAUGUAAACACUUUGAAGCGGUGGAAAUGGAAGACUGCACGAUAUCCAAGCAAAGGAUUCUCCAACAGCACAGAGACCUCAGAAAACUGUAUAGUAACGGUUCACCCAAAGGAAAUAAGAACUUUCUUUGUAUACUUCCAGGGUCAAUAAGGUUUGACAUUGUGUUGCAGGAGUGAAUAUGUAAUAGCUUCCAAUUUUUGUUUCAAGAUAUGAGUGAUGAUCUUGAAAAACAUUCUACUGUUAAUGAAAGAAAUAGUCAUUUUGGAAUAAACUCUAAAUUUAAUUAAACUGUUGGCCAGAGUUGUAGGUAUUUUUGUUGGUUAAUUAUUUACAACUCUUUUUUUUGAAACGUGUUCAAUUCAAAAUUGACCUUGGUGUUGCAGUGCAAGCAUAUUGAACAUUUUCAUGCUUGCUGUGGGUGGUUUUAAAGUGAUUGCUUCUAUGAUGCUUCACUGUUGAGCACUGACAAAGUCAUAUUAGUCCUACAGUCUUGAAUUGUCUUUCUAACUAACAUUUGCCAAAUGACCUUCUGUUUCUACACGCAAGGAGGAAUGCCUGUCAUGUGUUCCAGCUACUUUUACUUUUGGACAGCAACUGCAAAGUUUCUGCUUUGCUGUAAACUGAAAUUGAAUGUACUGUUUGUAUUACACUAACUUCAUUCAAAUUGUGUCUCUUAAGGUUCAGAACCAAUUGGCUUGGCUUCACAAUAUCCCAGUCCUGGCUGUUCAGUCUUGUGUUCUGGGUAAACUGGAACGAGUCUGUUGACAGAAGGUGUAUUGCCACAUGGCCAGUAACUAACCCAUCACGUAACCUGAAGCAGGAGCACUGUUCUUAUAACACUGUGAACUUUCAUACUUCUCAGGCUCAAAGAAUGUGUGCAGUGGUAGCAGGAUAUGUUUCAUUAGGAUCAAGUUAAAGUUAAUUAUGGAGGACUGUGUUUAGGGUUAAACUCUCGGUUAAGUGCAAAUUCUAAGCAGAUCUGAUUGAGCAGCAGCUGAAGGAAACUUUGACAGCAGCUAGCUUUCUUAAUAGCUGGUACGUAUUUAUAAUCAAAAGAAAAGUUGCAUUUUUCUAUUUUUCUUCUUAGGUCUAAUCAAUGUGGAGCUGUAGAAUCUGAUUCUGUUCACGUCCCAUUGGGCAUCUCUACUUAUUUUACUUAUUCACCAUGAAAAUGCACAUAGCUGAGAUGAGAAUCAAGUCAGUCAUUUUGCUGCAGUGGUAAUGAUGAAUUAUGCUUGCUGCAACACUGUAAAAAACUGUAUUUCUGACCAGUGGAAUGUAAAACUGAAAGAGGAAAUGUUUAAAAGAGGAAAAUAGGUGGAAAAGAGGACCGGUUUAAAAGAAGAAAAUAGGUGGAAAAGAGGACCGGUUUAAAAGAGGAAAAUAGGUGCCUUUUCAGUCAAUUAAUAAUUCCAGAUCUAGAAUCAUGUAAAAAUUACAUUUUACUGUAGUAAUUGUUCUGAUUUACUUUGACUGUGCAGCAAUAAUUUCCUCCAUGUGGAGACACUACUCAAGAACAAAGGAAACAGAGUGAAAAGGGCUCUCCCAUAAUAGCUAUUGUGAAAUAGUUAUGCUGAAAGAGCUGCGCUGGUGGUCAGUUUUUCCGUGCAGCCAGCCAGUGUAUACUAACUGGCUGCAUCUCAUUAAAAUCACUGCAGAAACUGCCGUGUUCAGUUAUUGGAUGAAGAAAGGUUGUUUUGUAUUUUCUGUUGGUUAUUUUUCAUACUUGGCUAUAAAUAUUUAGUGAUAUGCCAAUCUUACCUGCCCUGCUACAGUGAAAGGCGUUAUCCUGCAACAUUAAGCCCAAAGGGGAAGCAUAUAGCACUAUAACUAGGCUGCAGUAAAGCAUGAUGGCAGCUAUUUUUCGUUUCAUUUUGUGUGUGUAUUUGGAAAAUGAAAUGUGUUCAGCUAGGUCAUUUUCCUUACUUGGUUAUGCCAUGUAGUAUAAUGGGUACACUGUGUAGGUUACACAGUGGUAUGAUUACAAUUCUUAUUUUUGCGACUGAAGUGGAAAUCACUAAUACACAUACUGGUAACAGCAAGUCAUGCUGCUAGGUUAUAAAAAUUGAACUGUAUCUUCACUGGGCAAUUACGUGGUCAAUCCUGGCCAAGCAAUUAAGGAUCCUACAGCUGCUAACUCUGGCGCUGCUUUCCCAGAUGUCAGGUUGAUAUGUUUCUAGUAGGCCGUGUUAGAACAAAUCCUACAAAAAUCUUCUGUAUGCAGGAUACUAUAAACAGGAAUACCUCAUUACCAGCUGAUUUAUCUGUUGGGGGUUUUUCUACUUCAAUUUGUGGAGACUUCCUGAUUUAAAAAAAAAAAAAAAAAAAAAAAACAACAAAAAAACCCCCCAAUAUUUUAUCUGGAGUUAUUUCAGUGCAAUUGGCCAUCAGGGAAUGAUUUGCCAGAGCCAAAUCUUGUAUUGCACCAGAGGCAUCCGAGACUGCAGUCUGUAAAAAGCAUGGCACUCCUGCUAGAAAAAGAUGUCAUUGCAUAUUUUAUAUGUUCUUUUUCCUGAGGAAUCUCGGCCCAAGCAAAUGGGAGCCUGCAGGCAUUCAGAUCUCUGUUGAGGGACAUGUUUAGUAAUCAUCCUUUUUCUUCCCUCACAUGUAUCAAGAUAGUGAGGAGAAAUAUUGCGGUGCUGCGUCAAGACUUGAUAGAAAUCGGGCCACUCUGUACUUAAAUACUACUUCAAAACAUACAUCAAAUGGGACACACGAAAGAAAAGAGGGUGGAUGUAGUGUUAUAAGCAGAGGAAGAAGUCUUGCAUGCAUGCAGUAUGUUUGUGUUACGGUAAAUAAGCUUUGUUUUUUGAUUUUGAUUGAAGUAGCAGUUAUAGAGUGGAAGAGGUAGGAGGAGAUAGCAGAGCACUUGAAUGUUGGAGAAGGAGAGGAUGUGACAAGCAGGGUGCAACUCGUAAGUCUGAAAUACAGAAUCUUCUCAUAACAGCUUAUUUUGUCCACAGCUUCUGGCUGCGGACCCUACAAGACACUGCUGUUCUGGGUCUUGCGGGAGAUCAGGGUUUUUUUUUGCCAGGAAAGCCAAAUUAUAUUCAUUCCAUCAUUUUAUGUAAUUUUGAGGAGCAGAAGCUCGAAUGUCCUCAAGAGCUGGUGGCGUUCCAUUUAUGUCCAGGGACAAAGAGUGACUCUCAAUAAACUCUGUUUUAUCAGCUCUGUUUCCAGUGCCCAAGGCCACUUUUUCAUGUUUGCUCUGCUGGCUCUAGGCUCUGCUGGCUGUAGCGUUGCUCAGCAUCUGAUAUAGUUUGGGUGACAAAAAUGUGACCUCAGUUACAAAGUAGAAAGGAAACCACUCCUAACCAGUGAAGAUGACGGGUUUUCCCCUUACUUGGCAAACAUGUGGUCAGGUUUGUUAUAUUCCACUUUCCUUCCCAUUGCCUUGUUCUGUCUCAAAUACUUGUAGUUACAUCCACGUUGCUGAAAUAUAGAUAUCACAGAAUCAUAGAAUGGUUUAGGUUGGAAGGGACCUUAAAGAUCAUCCAGUUCCAACCCACCUGCCCUGGGCAGGGACACCUCCCGCUAGACCAGGCUGCUCAAAGCCCCAUCCAGCCUGGCCUUGAACACUUCCAGGGAUGGGGCACCCACAGCUUCCCUGGGUGACCUGUUCCAGUGCCUCACCACCCUCACAGGAAAGAAUUUCUUCCUAGUAUCGAAUCUAAAUCUACCCUCCUUCAGUUUGAAACUGUUACCCCUCAUCCUAUCAUUACACUCCCUGAUAAAGAGUCCCUCCCCAUCCUUCCUGUAGGCCCCCUUGAGGUACUGGAAGGCCGCUGUAAGGUCUCCCUGGAGCCUUCUCUUCUCCAGGCUGAACAGCCCCAAUUCUCUCACCUGUCCUCACAGCAGAGGUGCUCCAACCCUCUGAUCAUCUUCGUGGUCCUCUGCUGGACUCGUUCCAACAGGUCCAUGUCCUUCUUAUGUUUGGGGCUCCAGAGCAUUAGUUAUUUGGUCUCACAAGAGAAGUAACUUUUUUGUUUGUUAUUUUGCUUUCUAGGAAAAGUUAAUUCAUAACCUUUAUUUUAAUUAAGCCAGGUGCAAACCUAAAUUAAUGCUAAAGAGAAUAGGUCCUCUUUCAUGCUAGCAUUUACCUUGUUUGAAAAACUCUGCAGAUGGAUGCAUUGAACCCAGUACCCUGAUCUUUUUUUUUCUAUUGUGUAAGAAUUAUGUGGCUGCUCUUUUGAAAGGAAGUCUUUGCAGAUCACUUUAAUCACUAAAUCAGGUGAAAGAAUCACUUGCACUCUUAAAAAUAAUUUCAAAAUUAAUUGUGGCAUCUACAAUUUGCGUAUGUGUUUUGACAGUCCAUUUGUGCUAUGAAGCUGUUUUUCCUACUGAGACGUAAUUUAUUAUUCACAGUUGGAAAAUAAAUUAGGUGUGUUUUUUCUGUGCUAAUAAAUGAUUGUGGUAGGAAGAGUCCUAGAGUCAAUAUCAAAUUAAUGUCUUGGUGGUUUUGUUUGGGUCAUAGCUGGACCAAAUUAAUCAUGUGUAUGUAUCAUACAGAGCACACAGAACACCACUGACUGUCAUGAGAAGUGAUGAGGUCCGUUAUGUUGAAGUUAGGUAGUGGAUAAAAAGCCCAAGUGAUAGCAUGCUUUUCAUCUUGUGUUUGAGUCAGAAGAGGGGACAAUUCAUGAGUUCGUCACAACAAAAGUAAAAUUUCCAUUUUCACCAGAACUUUAUUUUAGCACACCUGCAACUUUCUAAAGUGUUUGUUAUGAUUUGAAGAAGAUUGUGAAAAGGUAAAUGUGAAUUAAAACUUUAAUCUGAUAACGUGUCUUUGACUUAGUACUUUAGUACUUCAGUACUUUCAUACUUUCUCAAGUAUGAAAACUUCGGCUUAAGUUUUCAUAGCAAAUAAAUGUAAAUGGGUUUUGCUCCAUCUUCUUAUUCCAAUGCAGCAGAAUUGCAAACUCAGUUGACUACCUUGAGUUUCACACAUACUCUCCUCAAUGCUGCUGCAGAUUAAUAAACUUUCCCAGCUGACAGUAACACCUCAAAAAUGCUGCUGUCUCGUAAAUACUUGUGUUACAAGCUUUCAGACAAGCCUGACAUAUGGGUAAGGAGGAGGGAAGUGUUUUGGGUCCUCUUUGUUUAACAAAGUUUCAAAUGCAUUUUUCAGUAUGCCUCCACUGGUGUCUUUGAACGCCAUAGAGAAAAGUUUCGGGUAGAUGGAUUUGCGCAAAGCAUCCAGAAGAGACUUGCUAUAACUAUCAUUGCCUCUCCAAGAACAGAGUGCCUCUGCGCUGAGCAGCUGUUCCGCAAUCAUCUCCAGCACACAGAUUCAUCAGAUUGUCUGGAAGAGGCUGCUGAGAAGCAUGAAGACAGUAGCUAAAGUCUCAUCUUCAUAGGCCUUUAAAUGAAGGACUGCGGAAGUGCAAUGGCAAACGUUAACCUGAGACCACUGUACGGAUGCAAAAGCAGUUUUUCAUGUCAUAUCAGAAGAAAGGCUAAUCUGGUGUUGAAAGGUUAGGACACAAUUUAAAAUUUAAAGAAGAAAUGUUCUGAUUUCAGGCAGGAUAGCUGGGCCCUAAAUGAGACACAUCUAUGAUGGCAAUUUCAAAGAGCAUGGGGAAAAUUUGGGUUGCAUUUAGGUUUCUAUCAUCCUCACCACACGAGGGAAGAGGAAGUUAAGUUACAAAUCUGACAUGCUUUCAUUUGUUGUUUUGCUGAUCUUCGACAAAGACACCCUGAUGCAAGUGCUAAUAGUCCUGCGUGAUGAUCAUCAUUUCACUGAAACUUCUUUUAACGAUGUGCUUUGGCUCCUUAGCUACAGGUCCCAAUAAUGUAACAGUCACCCAAACACCAACGAAAAUACAUCUGUCAGUUGGAGAGUACGCCAAAAUCAGCUGUGUUUGGGACAAAUCUGCAUGUUUACGGUAUAGAGUAAGCUGGUAUCUUGUUA